AUGUGGUUCAUGCUGUACAUUUUUCUAUACCUGUCAUUUAACUGUCUCUCUGCAGAUUCAAUCCUAAAAUCAGGUACAUGUCAGCUCCAGGGACGUUUCAAGUUGAAUGGGAUGUACCAGGAUGGAGAUUUUAUACUUGGAGGCCUAUUUCAUGUUCACUUUUUCACAGUGUUUCCAGAACUGAGCUUCAGAACGGAGCCAGAACCACCAUACUGUGAAAAAUUCAAUAUAGAAAUCUUCCAGCAGGCACAGACAAUGGCUUUUGCAGUAAAUGAGAUCAAUAAGAAUCCAAAGCUGCUGCCUAGCAUUACUCUUGGAUACCAUCUUUAUGACAACUGUGUAAGACUAGGAAUAGCAUUUCGGGCUGCCAUAUCCCUGGCUAGUGGAACAGAGGAGUCCUUCUCCAACCUAAACUGCACUGGCCCUCCUCCAGUCAUUGGGAUCGUAGGGGAUCCAAGUUCAACUCCUUCCAUUGCAAUUUCCAAUGUUCUGGGGCUAUUUCGAGUACCUAUAGUUAGUCACUACGCCACCUGCUCCUGUUUGAGUGACAGGAAAAAGUACCCCUCUUUCUUCAGAACAAUCCCCAGUGAUGCCUUCCAGGUGCGGGCUAUGGUUCAGAUUUUGAGGCAUUUUGGAUGGACUUGGGUUGGUCUCAUCUACAGUGAUGAUGAUUAUGGCAUCUAUGCUGCUCAGUUAUUUCAGCAGGAAAUGCAGCUGUUUGGACAUUGUGUUGCUUUUUCUGAAAUCCUUCCCCAUGAUAACAACCACAGAGACAUUCAAUAUAUAACAGGAGUGAUUCAGGCCUCAACAGCUAGAGUGGUGGUUGUUUUUUCCACUUCAUCCUUUCUAAUACCUUUGAUGGAGGAAGUGGUGUUGCAGAACAUAACAGGCAGACAGUGGAUUGCCAGUGAAGCUUGGACCACUUCACCUGUAUACCACACUCCACGUUUCCUACCCAUCCUGGGGGGCACACUGGGCAUUGCUAUCAGGCGUGGAGAGAUUGAGGGGCUUCGUGAGUUUCUUCUACGUCUCCAUCCCAGUAAUGAUCAAAAAAACAAUAUAGUGAGAAUUUUCUGGGAGAACAUGUUCGGGUGUAGUUUUGAAAAAGGGGGUAGAGCGAUUGAUGGAGAGCAAGUGAAAAAGGUGUGUACAGGACAGGAGGAUCUGAGCAUCACUGAAACACCAUACACUGAUGUUUCGGGCUUGAGAGCAGCGUAUAAUGUCUAUAAGGCAGUUUAUGCUCUGGCACAUGCACUUCAUGAGCUGAUGCAGUGUGAGGAGGGGAGAGGACCAUUCAGUGGGAACAGUUGUGCUGAUAAAACCAACCUUAAACCUUGGCAGCUGGUUCACUACCUACAGAAAGUGAAUUUCACCACAGGCUUUGGGGAUCACGUGUCAUUUGAUAAGAAUGGAGAUGCUCUGGCCAUCUAUGAUGUGAUGAACUGGCAGCCGAGCUCUGAUGGAUCGAUAAGGAUUCACACAGUUGGUGUAGUAAAUAAAGGGGCGGCAACAGAGAUGGUGCUCAUGCUGGAUGAGGAUGCAAUAUACUGGAACUUUAAGAGCAAAAAACCCCCAAGGUCUGUGUGCAGUGAGAGCUGCCCACCAGGCACCAGACAAGCCAGGAGGAAGGGCCUUCCUGUCUGCUGUUUUGACUGCCUGCCAUGCAGAGAUGGAGAAAUUUCUAAUAUAACAGAUGCUAUUGAUUGCACGGUCUGUCCAGAUGAGUUCUGGUCCAAUUCGGAUAAGGACCAGUGCGUCCCGAAAGAAGUAGAGUUUCUGUCUUAUAAGGAUCCUCUAGGAAUCUCUCUGACCACUGCCUCUUUGCUUGGUACCUGCAUCUGUGCUCUUGUGAUGGUCAUCUUCGCUCAUCAUCGUAACACUCCCAUAGUUCGUGCCAACAAUUCAGAGCUCAGCUUCCUGCUGCUGUCUUCACUGAAACUGUGUUUUCUGUGUGUGCUGCUGUUCAUUGGGCAGCCACAGUUAUGGACAUGUCAGUUAAGACAUGCUGUGUUUGGCAUAAGCUUUGUCCUGUGCAUCUCCAGCAUCCUGGUCAAGACUAUGGUGGUAAUAGCCGUGUUCAAGUCAUCUCGACCAGAGGGCAAAGGAACAAUGAAAUGGUUUGGAGCAGCUCAACAAAGAUGCACAGUUUUGGUUCUAACAGCCCUCCAGGUUGUGAUAUGUGCAGUCUGGCUAUCAACUGCCUCUCCAACACCACAUAAAAACAGCCAGUAUACUCGCUCUAAAAUAGUAUAUGAAUGUGCUAUAGGCUCAGUGGCUGGUUUUUCUAUGCUGCUGGGAUACAUUGGACUGUUGGCAGCAGUAAGCUUUCUGUUAGCCUUUCUUGCAAGAAAUCUUCCAGAUAAUUUUAAUGAAGCAAAGUUCAUCACGUUUAGCAUGUUGAUCUUCUGUGCUGUAUGGAUUGCGUUUGUUCCAGCAUAUGUGAGCUCACCAGGGAAAUAUGCAGUUGCUGUAGAGAUAUUUGCCAUUUUAGCUUCUAGUUUUGGAUUACUGUUUGCCAUAUUUGCCCCAAAGUGCUACAUCAUCCUUUUACAUCCAGAGAGAAACACUAAAAAUGCCAUCAUCGGUAGAGAAGCACAAAAGAAAUAG